AUGGCAAUUGUAAUCGAUGCAUUUGCAGAAGCAGCCAUUUCUAAUAUGUUCUGGUCUGUAACCAGUUUGUUGAAAGACAAGGUGGACCUCAUCCGGAAUGCCAAAGUCGAGAAGCUCCAGAAAAAGCUGGAAGGCUUGCAGAAGACCAUCAAAAGUGAGCUGUCAAAGAGCAAGUUCUUAUUGGUUUUAGAUGAUGUAUGGGAAUUAGGUUGGUGGAUGGGAGAGGUAGCGGACACCCUAACGGGAGGUGCAAAGGAGAGCAAGAUUUUGAUCACCAGUAGAAAGGUAGAAGUCUCUCAAGGAAUUGGUGAUAAAAUGUAUAAAUUGACAGAAAUGUCUUUGGAUGAAAGAUGGAGCUUGUUUCUGCGUGUGGCAAAGAUACAAGAACAUGAAUUGGAAAGUCACAAUUUCGAAGGUAUUGGGGAGAAAAUAGUGGCAAAGUGUGGUGGGUUGCCACUUGUUGUCCAGAUGGUAGGAUCCUUAAUGCGUACAAAAAGGAUGACAAAAGACGACUGGGAAAGCAUUGACAAGAGUGAGAUAUGGGAAAUACGUAGUAGCAUUCUUCCUGGUGUCAUACUGAACUAUGAUGACUUGCCAGAUUACUUGAAGAGUUGUUUUGUAUAUUGCUGCAUUUAUCCAAUGUAUUAUGACAUACAAAGGGGUAGAUUGGUCAUGCAAUGGAUGGGACAUGGAUUGGUUGAGGAAAAGGAAGGCAUUGAUGUGGAAGUGACUGCUAACUAA